AUGUCUCGGGCCAGGGCGGUGGCGCCCGUGCUGCGUCGCUUGACGUACUCCGGAGCGGCGGCGCUAAGCGACUGCGGCCGGGCAGUCCAGCAGCAGCAGCCGGCGGCGUUGCAAGACGGCGGCGCCUUGCUAGCGGCGGCCCGCGCCGCGCUGCGGCCCUGGAACCGCGGCGGCGGCGGCGGCGGCUUUGCCUGCCGCCCGCUGUCGGCGGCUGCGGGGGAGCAGCAGGCGGCGGGCAAGGGCGGGCGGGCGGCGCGGCGAGCGGCAGCGGCGGCCGAGAAAGAGGGGCUGGUUUCUGCUGAGGAAGAGUUCUCGGCCAUCACAGACAAGAUCCCGCAGCGCCCCGUCACCGCCACCGAGGCGGGAGGCUACUCCCUGGUCAUUGUGGCGGCGCUGGGGUUUGCCGGAGCGGUGGCGUAUGCGGCGCUGAACGAGCUGCUGUUCCAGCCCAAGGAGUACCAGUGCUUCAACCACACCCUGUCCAAGAUCAAGGACGACCCGCGCAUCACCGUGCGCCUGGGUGAGGCGCCGCCAGCUUCCCGCCGGCUGCCCGCGGCUGUGCCCCCGCCGCCCAACAGCGCGGCGCCGGCACAGGCUGGCCUGGGCACGCCUGCUGCGCUGUGGUUCCUGCUCGACAGCCGCCGCGCCGCCUUCCGUACCGUGCAUCGGGUGUACAACGACGGCGAGGGGCGGGAGCACGUGCAGCUGCAGUUCCACAUGCGGGGGCCCUCGGGCAGGGCCACCGUCAACGCGGACAUGCACAAGGAUGGCAGUGCCUGGCGGUACAACUUCCUGUACCUGGAUGUGGAGGCGCCCAUACCGCAGCAGGUCGUGCUGGUGCGGCCGGGGCAGACGGAUGCCACAGACUACUGA